UUCAGAACAGACAGAAAUCUUCACGGUCAAGAAACCAGACACAACAGCCAGCAUAAGAAGACCAGAGACUGACCACUUGUCAUUCAUCUCAAUCAGUUUUUCAUCCAUCCUCUUCUUGCUUUUUCUCUGCCUGCUCCGCGAUGUGGAAAGCUGCAGUUCUGGCCGUGUGUCUGUUGCUGGCUGGAGUGAGGGCGAUGGACGGGCCCACGUAUGGGGUCAAACUGUGCGGCCGCGAGUUCAUCCGUGCAGUCAUCUUCACCUGCGGAGGCUCUCGCUGGAGACGCUCCAUCACGAGCACAGAUGAUUUGACUCUGGACCCAUUUAGCACAGAAGACAGAGAUGCUGCAGACGGCUGGGUGCUGCCCUCAGACCCGGAGUUGUCUAUCCAGCAGGCCGCUGAGUCCACCUCUUUGGGACUGACCCGCGCCAGUCAGGAGGGCGCAAUGUUCAGCCGCCCCGCACGCUCCCUCAUCUCAGAGGAGGUGCUGGAAGCCCUGCGCACGUCCAGCAGAAAGGGCCGUGAUGUGGUGGUGGGACUUUCCAACGCCUGCUGCAAAUGGGGCUGCAGCAAGAGCGAGAUCAGCUCUCUGUGCUGAAAACUGCCUCAUCUGAGCC